AUGUAUGAUUGUUGUCCAAAUCCUUACCCAGAUAUUUGCUACUAUUUUUCAAUUAAACGAAAUCCUUCCUACUAUUUAUUUACUUUAAUAAUGCCUUCAGCUUUAAUUACAACAAUUACGGUUGUUGGAUUUUUUACAACACAUUCUAGUACUGGAGAAAAUACUGAAAAGGUUAGCCUUGGAGUAACAUCACUGCUUUCACUUGCUCUAAUCCUUAUGAUGGUUUCUGACAAAUUACCAGCAACAUCAGAUACUGUCCCUGUACUUGGUCAGUAUUAUAUUGGGCUAAUAUGUAUUCAAUUUACUGCUACAUACAUUACUACAUGGACACUUGUAAAAAAUAUUUUAAAAAAUAGGGGAAAAAAUUUAAUUUCAAUCUAG